AUGAAGAGCUGCAUUCACGCGGCGAAGCAGUUUGAGAAGCUCGAGAAGAGGCUUGACGUCGUGGUUGCUAAUGCCGCUCUCUCUGUGAUGCCUCAGACUCUGACAAAGGAUGGGUUGGAGAUUCAGUUUGGAACCAACCAUCUCGGACACUUUGUAUUUAUUUACAACCUCUUGGAUCUCAUCAAGGAAACGUCCAAACGCUUCGGCGACGCCAGGGUCGUCGUUGUCACAUCUCAUGCUCACACAAUGUAUAAAGCCGUACCAGGCGACAUCAUUGACUUUAAGGACCUGCGCGUUGAAAGGUUGGCAAGCCUACAGACAAUAGCAGAUGUACAAGCAAGCUUGCAAAGAUACGCCCGCUCAAAACUCGCAAAUAUCCUCUUUACCCGCGCUCUUCACAACCACCUCCAGGAAUCUGGACAGGGUAACAUCUUCGUCAACUGCCUCAAUCCAGGUACUAUAGGCACGUCUGCCACCACUGAUUCCGCCGCUAUUCCGCCCUGGAUCGCCUUCCUCACGUCGUCGGCCGUGCGAAUGACCAGCAUCCCCGUCCUGGACGGCGCCCGCACCACGCUCCUACUCACGACCGACCCCGAGAUCGCGUCACGGAAGUUGAGCGGCAGGUACUUUGACGUUGGUCCACUAUCGGGGAAGUUUUGGUAUGGUUAUAGCUGGGACGCCACCGAGGCCAAGCUCUCAGAAGCCGCUAGGAAUGACGAGCUGGGGGAGGUGCUGUGGAAAUGGAGCAUAGACAUGAUGAAGACAGCGUUGUGA